AUGGCCUUCACAUACCACAUUCUCUUGGCAUUGUCGCUAUGCCUCGCCACAUCUCUCGCCUUGCCUUGCACAUCCUUCACGGUCAACGGUUCCAACCCGACAGUCUUCUCCUUUUACAGAUUCUAUGACUUCCGCAAAGCCUCAGCUUCCACAACCCUUCAGCAGGGACAGGCAACUAUCUACCAGCCUGGGUCCGGAAGCCUUCCUCCAACCCAACAGGUCAGCGGUUCGUCCAACCUAAGCGAUUGGAUGGUUCAAUACAGCCAUAGAGAGCCGUCACUUGCUGGUCGGCCGUCCCUGGACUACCUUCCGGCAAACGUCGUCAUCGAUGGUCCCACCGGGGCGAAAACUCUGUCCCUCGUCACGAAUCGGGUAGAUAAUGACACCCAGCAAGGGGGUCAGUUGUUUUUCGGCCUCGCCGACGUAACCUCCGUCUCCUUUCGAGUCUCGGCCUACAUAUCCGGCGAUCCCGGAGCAGUCGCCGGAAUUUUCACGUACCGCAACGACACCCAGGAGUCGGACAUUGAGGUCCUGACGAGGGAGAGUGGUCACAACGUACACUUUACCAAUCAACCUUCGCAGGACGACAAUGGCCAAGACGUCCCUGGGGCCUCGCAGAACAUAACGCUACCGGCCGGUGGCACUGUGAUCAACUGGAUGAAUUACCGGCUUGACUGGUUCAAGGAUAGUCAAGAAAGCGUGUGGUACGUGAACGGACUGAAGCUUGCAAACACCACCAUAAACGUGCCCGAAGCGGCAAGCACGCUUAUUCUCAACAUGUGGAGUAAUGGCGGGUAUUGGUCCGGCAACAUGGCGGUUGGCGAUCUUGCCACGCUGAAAAUUCGCUGGAUUGAAGUCGCAUUCAACUCUCCAUCACAACCCAGCGGGCAGCCAGGGAGAACGUGCGCCAUUGACCCAUAG